GACCGGGCUUCAUAUAGUACACACGAUACACUGUUUAAGAAUUGUAUGGUAACUUCGUUCAAAAUACAUCCACAGCGGAUUGGAGAUGUUUAAUAGACACGUCAUCCUGUUCAUAAUUUGGAACAAUCUCGUUAUGAUUUUUGCUCAGGAUUACACUAAAGAACCACCAGGUACUGUGGUACCUCCAUCCACAACGGGGAUGACUGCAGAAUCGCAAACUGAUGAUAAGGACACUGAUAACGUUGGAUCAGAUCUGGAUGGGAUGAAGGCGUUAUUUAAUGCAACUUUAUCAGACUAUGACACAAGAAUCCGGCCACGAAUCGACCAAUCACAUGUUGUAAAUGUUAACACUACAUUCGUGCCACAGAGUGUUCUGCAUUUUGAUACAUCCGAACAGAAAUUCUCUGUCCUCGGUUACUUCAAGAUCGAAUGGAAAGACGAAGUGAUCACAUGGAAUCCUGACGAUUUUGCGGGGACAAAUUAUAUAAAAGUCCCAAUUUCCGAAAUAUGGACUCCUAGCCUAAUAAUUCUGAAGGCCUUUGACGGUGACGGUGUUGUUGGAAAUGCAAAAACAGACAUUGCUAAAAUCUGGUCUGACGGGUCUGUUCAAUGGGUUCCAGAGAGUAUAUAUAGCGUAGUUUGCAAUGUGAACAUCAAGUUAUAUCCGUUUGAUCACCAAGCCUGCACAGUUACAUAUUACGUUUCUGAUGAGACUAUAACAACCGUUAUGCUUGACCAUCCUAAAAGCGUCACUCUGGACGAAUACACGGAGAAUUCAGCGUGGAAAAUAACCAGUCUCAACAAGAGGAAGUACCUUCUGUAUAACACAUACCACAUUGACAUAGAAUUCCAGCUACAGAGACGACCUAACUUUGCAACAUUUACUUUGAUUAUGCCUCUCCUGAUGUUGGCAUUUCUUAAUAUUUGCGUGUUUCUUGUUCCUGUUGGGUCUGGUGAGAAAGGUUCCUUUGCUAUUACCAUAUUCCUUUCUUACGGUAUCUUCGUUACAAUCGUAAGUGACACUUUACCGGACAACUCCCUUCAAAUUUCUUACUUUCUACUCUUUAUCAUCGUCCUGCUCUUUAUGAGCGUUCUUUCCGUCGUGUACACCAUCAUACAAGCCAAAUUUAUGUCUAGUAUGGGUGACAAAGAAUGCAGCAUCAAAUGUUUUCAACCUAGAAAACCCGUGAUAAUGAGACCGACACCGUUUGAUCCAACAAAAGGGUAUACGGAUGACGUGAAUGAUCCAGCAGAUUGUAAACCAGUCAGCAGAAAUGACGAUGAUGAUGAAAUAUAUACAUGGGCAAUGUUUCUGGAGAAACUCGACGUGAUUCUCUUCAUCAUCUUCUUUGCUCUGGUACUUUUAGCAACGUCUGCUUUCUUCAGUCUGAUGCUGCAAAGAGUAAGCGAGGAUAAGUUCAGUAAAACAUAGGUGCCAUAGACUAUCUAUAUAGAAUGUGUGAUAAGAUGUACAUAGCAAAAUGUACACAAUUUGAGAACCAAUUUUAAAUUUUAUUUGAAUAGUUGUUUUACAGUGUGUGUGUUGUUUUCAUUUAGAUUUACAUGAACAAUGAAUCAUAAUGAGUAACUAAACACGGACGGCAUAAAACAAUUGAAAAAGUUACAAUAAGACAAUAACAUUAAGCAGUCAUGAUCACGUGUAUGUGACCUAUUACUGAUUUUAUUGUAUGUUUUUAUUUAAGUUGGUCUUCAAGGCUACGGCCACUUCAAAUCAUUUUCACAGAGGAUACUUUAGAGGCUGACCUGUUAAAACUUACUGCAUAAUUAUGAAUAGAACAUUCGGAUAUUUUUAAUUAUCGCUUGAACAACACAUGUUUGUUAUGGCUUUGCAUGUCAUUCAAUAUUUAUAUGUUUAUUUGUUUCUCUUUUGUUUAUAUAUUAUUCAAUGUAAAUAGU